CUGUCUAUGUGCCUCCGUGUGAGUCAGUCAGUGGUCUAUCUCAUCAGUUCCACCCAACAACAACAACAACAACAACAACUGAAUUAGAAAGAAAAAAGAAAUAAAAUAAUUAAAUAAAAAAUGGCGUGGUGUUUGGGAAACCAAAUCAUCCCAACUAGUACAAUCUGCAGCACUACUACUAGUCAAUCCCCAAAACAAAUGCUGCUACGAGGAGGAAUUGGCAACUACUACUCGUAUAAUAACAAGAAUAAGAAUGAUUCAUUGAAAUGUAGUAGUAAUUUCUUAUGUGGGCAGCGUCUGAUUUCAUCAUCUUGUGGUAUUAGUGGUAGUAAUAAUAAGAGUAGUGUGAUUGUGUGUGGGAAGGUGAACAAAGGGUCGGUGCCGCCGCCCUUCACUCUGAAAGAUCAAGACGGUAAGAAUGUGAGCCUCUCCAAAUUCAAAGGAAAGCCUGUCGUCCUUUAUUUCUAUCCUGCUGAUGAAACUCCUGGCUGCACCAAACAGGCAUGUGCAUUCAGGGACUCUUACGAAAAAUUCAAAAAAGCAGGAGCCCAGGUUGUUGGGAUCAGCGGUGAUGAUGCAGAAUCACACAAGGCAUUUGCAAAAAAAUACAGGCUCCCAUUUACAUUGCUGAGUGACGAGGGUAAUAAAGUCAGAAAAGAGUGGGGAGUUCCAUCUGAUCUUUUUGGUACACUGCCUGGGCGACAGACGUAUGUUCUUGAUAAGAAUGGAGUGGUUCAGCUAAUUUAUAACAACCAGUUCCAGCCUGAAAAGCACAUUGACGAGACCUUAAAGUUGCUUCAGUCUCUUUGAACGAUUAACGCACAGCUUGCUCAUUUUUAAAGUUUUCAUAAGUUGUGUUGUACAAGAGUUGAGGUAGACAAACAACUAACCAUGUCUAUCCUAUGCUGACAAUUAUUCAUUAAACCAAUGAUAUAUCAGAGCAAAUAUCUUCAUUGGCGUAUA